CACAAUACACAUCUAUUUCUUUCUUUCAAGAAAAGCAACUUCAGAUAAGGUGGGAUGUAUUUAUCGCCGGGGGUAUCCGGAAGCACCCAUUCCUCUCUCUCUCUCUCUCUCUCUCUCUCUCUCUCUCGUGUGUCCCUAACCGACGCUCCCUCCUAACACCGAUAGGCAAGUUCUGGAUGUCAUAGUGGCAUAUGGCGGAAGAAGAGCCGAGGACUCCUCUACUGGAGCAAGGCCCUCGCGUCAAUGGCAGCCUCCGCCCACCGGCACAGCAGCAAAAUCACCUCCACCAUCCAGCAGAGGAACCAGAAGAAGCGCCGCUGCUCCAACGGACGUGGAUCGAAUCGAAGAAGCUAUGGAGGAUAGUCGGUCCCGCCAUCUUCACCCGGACCUCCAUCUACGGGAUGAACGUCGUCACUCAGGCUUUCGUCGGUCAUCUCGGCGACCUCGAGCUCGCCGCCAUCUCCAUAGCCAUCACCGUCGUCGUUGGAUUCAACUACGGCUUCUUGUUCGGCAUGGCUAGCGCUAUGGAGACGCUGUGCGGCCAAGCAUACGGCGCCAGAGAGUACCCCAUGCUGGGGAUUUAUAUGCAGCGAUCCUUCGGCGUCAUGUUCUUGUGCGCUCUCCUUCUGCUGCCCACCUACAUUCUGGCCACUCCCAUCCUCAAACUGGUCGGCGAGACGGACGAGAUCGCCGAACUCGCCGGAUGGAUCACGCGGUUGCUCAUACCUCUGCAGUUCAGCUUCGUCUUAUCAUUCCCGACGCAGCGGUUCCUUCAAUGCCAGCUGAAGAACGUGAUCAUCGCCUGGAUCGCAGGAACCACGCUGCUGAUACACGUCUUCUUGAGCUGGCUUCUCGUUUCUUACUUCGGCUUCGGCCUCGUCGGUGCGGCCGUGGCGCUCAACAUCGGCUGGUGGGUGCCACCUAUCUGCCAGCUUCUUUACACCGUCUGCGGCGGCUGUCCUGAGACGUGGACCGGCCUGUCAUGGCAGGGAUUAAUGGGUCUUUGGGAAUUCACAAAGCUUUCCAUAGCUUCGGGAGUUAUGCUAUGUUUGGAGAAUUGGUAUUACAGGAUUUUGGUAAUCCUGACGGGAAACUUGAGCGACGCAGAGAUUGCCCUGGAUGCACUUUCUGUAUGCAUGAAUAUAAACGGGUGGGAAAUGAUGAUUCCACUUGCCUUCUUUGCUGGAACCGGGGUGAGGGUGAGCAACGAGUUGGGAGCCGGCAACGGCAAAGGCGCAAGGUUCGCCACCAUCGUGUCGGUGAUCACCUCCACAGUCAUCGGCCUCUUCUUCUGGGCCCUCAUCGUCAUUCUUCACAACAAGUUUGCGCUCCUCUUCACCUCUAGCGCUGUUGUCCUCGCCGCCACCUCCAAAUUGGCCGUUCUCCUCGCCUUCACCAUCCUUCUCAACAGCGUCCAACCCAUUCUCUCUGGUGUAGCGGUGGGUUCGGGAUGGCAAGCUUCUGUGGCGUACAUAAACGUGGGCUGUUACUACAUUAUCGGUCUUCCGGUGGGCGCGGUUCUAGGCUGGGUCUUCCACCUGGGCGUUUCCGGAAUUUGGGGAGGUAUGAUUGGCGGGACCGCUGUUCAGACCCUCAUUCUCGGAGUUAUCACAAUCCGCUGUGACUGGGAGAAGGAGGCACAGAAGGCCUACCAUCGAGUGGACAGAUGGAAGGUCCCAGACACGACAGACAAGUCGCCCAGCGGUACACCGUGAAGCUUAGCCUCGGAUCUUCUGUGAUGCUUCAAAAUGGGAAACAGACGGAUGAUCAUGAUGAGACACUUCAGGAUUCAGGCUGUACAUUGCAACAUAUCGUACAUUUGGUGAUAGUUCGGUUAGAUUAUAGAGUUUUUUUCGGUUGUUCAUGAGGCCAUUUGGCGGCUGGGAAUGAAAGCAAGGUAUGGAGAAAGAGAGAAAACGUUACGUGGUCCGGCAUCCUCGUUAGCCCACUUCCGUGAAGCAAAGGAAUAAAGGGUGUCUUUUAAACUGAUCAUAAUGGCUACUCGCGUAGACGAGUAUAUAUCAGGAUAAACUCUUUCCAGGAACCCCUUAACAAGAUAUAACAAGAUCAUAAUGGAGCGCCGCGGGUGUUGGGUUGCGUGAGGGACAUUUCAAUUUUUGUAGGGAGGUGUUUCUUUUCCUUCUCACCGUUCCAUUUGUGCCGUUAUAGCGCCUUGGUCACUUUCAUGUUGUCUCCAAUCUAGAAAAUGAUUAAAGUUUAGAACGUGGCCUUGCUCUUAUACCAAAAGACAAACCAACAUAUUUAGCAACGAGCAUGGUCGAAGACGUUGCCUAGCUAAUUUGAUAUUCGGAAUCGACGCAAGAAGAAAACAGAAUCAAAUAUGGAGUACUUUUCUCUCCUUAGGUUACCAAUUAAAGGGCCCAUUAGCGGUACUUAACCUAUAUAUCUUGGCUUUAUUUCACAAAUUUCAGGAAGAACCCAUUUACGUACCAAUUAUACUUUUGUGCAUGAGUUAGUUCACGAUAUUGGAUACGCAACUUACGUCCCACUUAAGAGCAGAUUGGACAUUUUGGUUUUUUUUUUUUAAAGAAUGUCCUUUGUAGUUUUUAGUUUUUCAACUUCUAUUUUUAUCAUUACAACAAAGUUUUCUAAUGGGAAUAAAGGUAUUUUCAUCAUAAACCAUGUUGCCUGCACCAUAUCAACCAUGUGCAAGGCCUAAGCAUGUCACGCGUUCAGCCACGAAUAAUGCCGAAAGUUUUCAUAACUAAAAUACCCAAAAAAAAAAAAUCGACACUGUGCAUGCUUGGUCUCUCUCCCUCCCUCUCCAGGUUCAACUGUUUCCAAAAUGAGUUCGCUGUUCAUUUAUAAUAUGUGAAAAGAUGCAUAUGUUCCCAAGACAUUCUUUAAUUAUCCUGGUGAUCAACAGUAAUAGCUGCAUUUUAAGCAAUAAAUUUAGCUGACCAUACUUUUCUUCUCGGGGAGAUUGCACUACAAAUUAAUAGACUUGGUUUGUCGCUCUUCUGCGGAAAGUUGAAAUUUUCUUGUCUCACAUACCCUCAAGCGAUCAGUUAACUUUGCCGAGACCAUUUUCCGCUUUGAUGUUCGGAACGCUGAAACUUGAUGGUUGCAGGCAAUAAAAAUGGUGGUGGCCUGACCAUGUGGAGGCGAUCAUGUUAAUUCAACAUUGAUGCAGUUGGUUCAGAUGGAAUGGAAGGCCAUCCCCUCGGUAUGGUACGGUGGGCAGCCAUGAGUUUGAUGGGUUCUUCAGUCAAAGUCAUGAUGAAUGUUGCAGAAGGCUAUUGAUGUCGUGCUCGACGGGAACACUACGAGGUGAUUUGCACUAUUGCACUGCAGCUAUCUUAAUUUGCACCUAUAACGUGGCGCUUAAGUGAUGAUGUCAUUGUAAUCUGAGAGGGGUGCUCUUCGCCUUAUGGGCAAUUGAAUUUUCUAUGCAUUGUCUC